AUGGUGAUUACUAGUAAAGUGUUGACUUUGGCAUUUGCCAUUGUCCUACAUGGUGCCGACUCACAAGCUGUACAAGACGCUCAAUCUGACAGAUCGACGGCUGAGGAUGAGUUGGAUAAAUCACAAUUUGUGGUGAAAAAGGACACACGACUACCACAUUCACAGUUGACAGUUGAAUUACCACGACAUCAUCCCUCAUAUGAUCAGUUCAUCGCAAAAGUCGUGGACAUCUCCACAGGAAUAGAUCCUUCAAUACGAGAUGUGAAUCGGACAUUUCUGGAGUCUACCGAUGGAACGGGAAUGAUUCGAAUCCAUACGCUACAUCCUGGUCACAAGUACAGUGUGGCCGUAAUUGGCCGACAAGGUGAGAGUUCGUCGUUAAUCAAGGAAGAAGCUGUGACCAUGGAUCCACGGACACCACAUUUUUCAACGGAAAAUAUCGAGAUCACUAUGAAUAAUAUGACAUUGAAAGCGGAAAAACCCGAGAAAAACGUGCAGGACUCAUUCCUGGUCGAAUACCGUCAACUGGAACCUGAACAACGAUAUCCAGUGUUGGAGGUGUUAGAUAUUCCGGAAGAAAGAAAACUGGAAGUUUACCUUGGUAACCUAAAUCCUGGCCGAGAUUAUCAUGUGCAAGUGAUUGCGGUGAAGUCUGGAUUGAAGAGUAAACCAUGGUCAACAACUUUAUCCACAAUGCCAAGCGCAGUAUCAACGUUGACAGUAUCCGAAAAUGACACCACAUGCUUGACGGUCGAGUGGGACCUGCCCUCAAGUAGCGGUGCUGACUCGUUCAUACUUCGUUACGCUCAGCUUCACAUAGGCGCGAAAAAUACGGUUACAUUGUCGGAGAAGGAUCGCUCGAUCCAUCUUUGUAACGGGAUCUCACCAGGAACCGUUUACACUAUCUCAUUAGCGGCAAAGAAGCGAAAUAUCGUUUCCGAGGAGAAGUCAGUGACCUACGCCGUACGUCCGUUGAUGCCUGUUGGAUUUAAGGUUUUCCCGGAUAUCACCAAGGGAAAGUACCGUUUAACCGCUGAACUGUCCGCCGAAUCGAAAUACGAUGGAUGUCAUGUUACGGUCGUCAGUGAAACUUUGGAAAAAGUCGAAGCAGAUGGGGAAUUGAGUGAUGAUAGUGAAAAUAAGAGCUGUUCCGUACUUCUCUCACUAAUUCCUGGAGAACGAUUCGAGUUCACAAUUUCAACAAUUUCGAACAAUGUCAGUAGCUCAAAACUUCAUCGAAGUGUCGUGCUUUCUCCAGCAUUCGACAUGUCUGGAUUCGGACUUCAUUUGCAGGAGUCAAAAAACGGGAUUGAACUCACUUGGCCUCAAAGUGAUGUCUUUAUGUCAAGGAUGAAAGACAUUUGGAACAAGGUUGUGGGACUUGAGUCAAAACUUGAAAUGCGUCUUAUUCCCACAAAUGCGGUUGGGAAUGGAAAUCGACUGAGCGGUGACCCAUUCCAUGCCACACCGCUCGUCUUCGGUGCGCUGACAAAAGGAUCUUGCUAUAAGAUUCAAAUUUUCACCGUCACCAAGUCUGGAAUUGUGUCCGAGACAAGAUUCAAUGAGCAUUUCCGCCUGUCCGCUCCACCGGUGAACGUAUCUGUUCAUGGGAUCACACGAACCUCGGCUACACUUCAUAGUUCCUUCAUAUCCGCGGAAGAAGCUGAUGGUGAAUGUUUUUUAAAUGUUGUGGUGUUGGAUAUGCAUUCGCAUGUGGUUCUGGAUAAAACUCUGCGUACACGCUCGAAGUCGUUACCGAGUAUAGAGUUGAAUGGGCUGCGUCCUUUCCAUAAGUACACCGUAAACAGUAAGGUCACGUGCCCUUCCGGUCCGGCUGACUGCUUACCGGCUUCACGAUCUAUGCGGCAGUUGACAUUCUCCACGAUGCAGGAUCGGCCAGGACCUGUUCUUUCGCUUACGGUUCGUCCACUUAAUCCGUACUCUGUCCAGUUAAGUUGGCUCCCUCCGGCUUUACCGAACGGAAUUUUGACCCACUACAUCGUCGACGUACAACCAGAGACCGAUUCCACAACUCCACGAUCGUUGAACGUGGGAGUAGGUACGGAUCGAGCGGAUCAUUUUGUGGAGACUGUUAUUGACGGACUUUCUGGAGGAGAACGGUAUAAUUUUGUGGUACGUGCAGUGACGGAAGCCGGAUCUGGUGAUCUGCCAGCAAAUCCUCCAGAUCCCGUCCUAAUGCCGAUUAUGGCUCCUCCACGAACAAAUUUGGUCCCCAGUGUUGCUAUGGAAUCCAUCACCAGCCAUUCUCUAACAGUGAAAUACUCUUCGGCAAUGUUCAAUCCAAAACAUGGGAAAAUUUCCAAAUAUGCCUUGUUGGUUGCUGAAGUGACUGAGGAUGGUCAGGUCAGUGAAACGUGGAUGAAUUCGGAAAAUGUCACUUAUACAUGGAUGCAAGUGCAACGAUUUGAUGUCUGGCCUUUGUACACGGCCGUCGUGGACGAGUCAUCUCCUAGCUCCCAGUCAUCCGGUAUCCAUAGUCAGUCCGUUGGUGUCGAUCAAACUUGUGAAGAUCUUCCGGCUGAUACGGUGUGUAAUGGUCCGUUGAAAUCUGGGACAAAUUAUAAAUUUAAGCUACGUCUGUUCACCGCGCCAAAUCUCUUCUCGGACACGAAUUUCAGCGACGUUGUCAGCACAGAUCCAUCCCCUCGUGGAACAACAUUAAAACUUGCCGUACUUGUGCUUGUUGUGGCCGUUCUAUUCGGUGUACUUGGUGUUCUAUUCACCACCUACUGGAAUCGAUCCAAGAAGGCCAGAGCCGCGUACGCUUCAUCAAAAGAAUCGCAGUGGGCUGCACUCAAAAUGAUAAUGGCGGAGCGAGCAGCCGACUGUCUAGCAAAGCUGGGACUCGAUGGUUCCAUGCAUAACGGUAGCCUUUCAGCUGAACCCGGUCACCUACAAGCCUCAUUCGGACAUCAUCGAAGAUGUCGAAGUUUGAGGGAAAGAACAGGCGUUGAUCAUCGUCUCGAACGUCUUCCCAGCGGUCCCAUUCAUAAAACUCCACUCUAUACUGUAAUGACGGGUGUUAACACAAAUAAAAGUCGACCGGUAAAAAUCGAGGAUUUCGGGGAACACGUACGAAUGAUGGCGGCUGAUUCGGAUUUCCGGUUCUCGGAAGAGUACGAGAUUCUGAGAAACGUUGGAUGUGGACAAUCGUAUAACGCGGCCGAACUUCCUACAAAUAAGCCUAAAAAUAGAUUCACCAACAUUCUUCCUUACGAUCAUUCCCGUGUAAGAUUGACGCAAAUUUCCGACCAGGAAGGCGCUGACUACGUGAACGCCAACUAUAUACCGGGAUUCUCAUCACGACGGGAAUUUAUCGCUGCGCAGGGACCGCUGCCGACGACAAGGGAUUCUUUUUGGCAGAUGGCAUGGGAACAAGGCUGUCCGGCUAUAAUAGCGUUGACGAAAUGUGUGGAGAAAGGACGCGACAAAUGUCAUCAGUAUUGGCCCGACAAUGAACAUUCCAGUGUUGUUUACGCUGAUAUUGAAGUUACGGUACUAAGCGAAUCUCCUUUCGAUGAUUUUAUUGUGAGAGAACUUCGUAUGAAAAAACUUCACGAAUCAACACCACCAAGAAUUAUACGACAUUUUCAUUAUAUGGCAUGGCCAGAUUUUGGUGUACCUGAUCAUCCGGAAGGGAUUAUUAGAUUCGCAUUGAAGUAUCGUUCAAGAAUACCUCAUUCAUCUCAAAACCGGCCCACCAUUGUACAUUGCAGCGCUGGUGUCGGAAGAUCGGGUACAUUCAUCGCUAUUGAUCGUCUACUUCAAACGAUACAAAUCGAUCGACCGAUCGAUGUGUUUGGAAUUGUACAUGAAAUGCGAUUAGAACGAUGUCAUAUGGUUCAAAAUGAGCAACAAUAUAUCUUCAUUCAUCAUUGUAUUCUUCACGCUAUUGAAACGAGAGCUACGGAUCGCUCAAAUGCCGCAACCAGUGGUGAAUUGCAUCAGAAUCCAGUGUUCGAGGACGACGACACCAUAGCGGAGUCGGACUUCUAG